CUCCUUCAGGGAAUGCUUGAAAGCUCAAGGAUGAGGGUGCCAUUAAAACUUGCGGUACCGGCAGCACUUGCACUGGCUCUGUUGUUGAUACUCAAUCAGACUAAAGUCCAGAUUCCUAAAAUCACUUACCUGUUUCAAACGUGUGAUCAUGACAAGGCACAAUGGGCGAGCUUUAAUGAAAUGUACGCUUAUGAUCCAGUGACAAUGGACGAGAACAUUGAAGAAAUCUUCAAUAGAGUUAGCCAACGUAUACCCAAAGUAGCUCUAGAAAGUAUAGAGAAGGCAACCAGUGCCGAGAACAGUAACGUUACGAUAAUUAACCCCAAAGACAAGUAUUGUAUCGGGGACCAUCUCCUUGUUAAAGUACAGGCUUAUGAUUAUUUAGGAGACAUGAAAACUUAUGGCGGUGACUACUUAAGGGCGAGGAUAUAUUCACCCGCAUCAAACAGCAGUGCAAGUGGGAAGAUCACCGAUUUUAACAAUGGAACCUACACAAUAAACUUUGGCUUAUUCUGGGAAGGGGAGGUUUACAUAUCGGUAUUGUUGAUGCAUCCAAGUGAAGCCGUUUCUGCGUUGUGGAGAGCAAGAAACCAAGGGCUUCAAAAUAUUAAAUACACCGGGAAUUUCACAAGUGCUACAGAAUACGUGAACAGGGAAUGCAAUUUUGAGCUUGAUACAGAAGAAGACAUUUGUUCUUAUGAAGAUCGAAGAGACAACGAAGCCUUCUACUGCAUUAAGCCACCAAAUUUUCCUUGCGAAGCACUGACACAUAUGAACUCCGUCAACCGGAACCAUUCAUACCUAACUGAAGCUGAGCAGCGCCUACUCAACAGGUCAAACAUCGGUGUGGAUAUUUCCAAACGGCUGAAGCCUGUCAAUGUCUUUAGCUGUGGCAAAAAACUAAGUGUGCCAACAGAAAAAUGCAACCUCGGCGCUUAUUAUUCCAUCCCAAGUGGGUAUUUUUCACAUAACCGUUGGAAUCCUAUCUAUUGUCAGAUGACAAUGUUCACUGAAAAUGAAAAGCUCAAGAACUUCCUGAAGGGGAAAAAGUUGUUCCUGAUUGGGGAUUCCACGGUGCGGCAAUAUAUUAGACACUUUGCAGAAGUUCUGAAAAUUGUGGAUUAUUUCAACCACACAGAAGAUGAAAUGCAGACCUGGCAGAAGACGCUUCUGGGCAUCAACUUAGAGAAGUUUAUCUACAUCCAGUGGAAGAAGCACACGUUUCCAUUUGUCACGCAGUCCUUCUACUCAAUCAAAGAAGACACCUAUAUGGCUCGUCAGAUUGAUCAGAUCGGAGGAGGAGAAAACACAAUCAUUGUACUCACCAUGGGACAACAUUUCAGACCUUUCCCUCUCCGCAUUUUUAUCAAGUCUGCAAUUAAUGCCCGCAGAGCCAUAGAGAGACUAUUUAUAAGGAGCCCACGGACUAAGGUCAUCAUUAAGGAGGAAAAUGUGAGAGACAUGGACAUUAACAUGGAGAGGUUCAGUGAUUUCCAUGGUCAUAUCAAUUACCUUGUUCUCAGGGAAAUUUUUAAGGGCCUGAACAUUGGGUUUGUUGAUGCUUUAGACAUGACCAUAGCCUAUGCAUCAUAUGUUAUUCACCCGCCAGUAGAAGUUCUUGAGAACAUCAUAAGUAUGUCUUUUACACAUGCAUUAUAACAAAUUCACCUAGCACUUGAAGAAAAUGGUCAUACUGCUCAUCCGUUAGUUAUUUCAGUGGAGUCAUCAGGGGACCAAAAACGUCCAGAGACACACGGGGAAUCAUUAUUACCUUUACAUUUUAUUGACAAAGAGCCAGCAGAUUCCAUAGCAUAGGGAGAAUUCAAAAACAUUAUGAGAAAUAAACAAUAUAUAACAUUAACAAAAUAA